CCCAAGGGAGCGCAUAUCAAACCGAUUUCAAAGGUUAAAUCGUUCAUUACCUUUCUUCCCCAGAGCUUAACCAACGUCAUCAUGGCCACACAUGUCUUAUUCGAAAGCUCAGCGGGAUACGCUUUGUUUGCUGUCAAGUUCAAUGAACAAAUCGCUGGUAAAACAAAAGCAGUUCAGGAAUCGAUUCCCAACUUGAGUAAAUUUGGAAAAAUGAUCGAAUUGAAGAGUUUUUUACCUUUUAAAGAUGCUGCACAUGCAUUGGAAAAUGCUAAUGAUAUCUCUGAAGGUAUUAUGAAUGAACAUCUGCAAUCACUUUUAGAACUUCAUAUCCCAUCUAAAAAAUCAUCAAUAGUUCUAGGAGUUUCAGAAAGAGGUUUAGCCGGUUCGAUUAAAUCAACAUUAGGAAUCGAAUGUGAUACAUCAGAUCAAUCACUUGAAUUAAUUCGAGGAAUCAGAUUACAUGCUGAAAAACUUUUAACCGGUCUUACAACGGGAGAUUUAGAUAAAUCUCAAUUAGGUCUUGGACAUGCUUAUUCUCGUGCAAAGGUUAAAUUCAAUGUCAACCGAAGUGAUAACAUGAUCAUUCAAGCUAUCGCAUUAUUAGAUCAACUUGAUAAAGAUGUGAAUACGUUUGCGAUGAGAGUAAGAGAAUGGUAUGGAUGGCAUUUUCCUGAACUUAUCAAGGUGGUCACAGAUACACAUCUCUAUGCACGUUUAGUUAAAUUUAUUGGUGAUAAAAGUAAAUUAACUGAUGAAAGCCUAGAAGGAAUUGAAGAAAUCUUAGAAGGAAAUGAAAUCUUAGCAAGAAACGUAUUAGAUGCUGCAAGAUCUUCUAUGGGUACUGAUAUCUCUCCUAUCGAUUUGAUUAACAUUUUAAACUUUGCCGAUCGAGUGAUUCAAUUAUACGAUUAUCGAAAAUCUUUACAAGCUUAUUUACGUGAAAAGAUGGAAUUAGUGGCUCCUAACUUAGGUGCUCUUAUUGGUGAUACGGUCGCUGCUAGAUUGAUUUCGCAUGCUGGUAGUCUUACUAAUUUAAGUAAAUAUCCGGCUAGUACUGUUCAAAUCCUUGGUGCUGAAAAAGCUCUAUUCAGAGCUUUGAAAACUAAAGGUAACACACCUAAAUAUGGAUUAAUUUAUCACAGUACAUUCAUUGGUCGAGCUGGUGCCAAAAACAAGGGACGAAUCUCGCGUUUCUUGGCCAAUAAAUGUUCGAUAGCCUCUAGGAUCGAUUGUUUUACUGAUACGCCUAGUACUGCCUUUGGUACCGCUCUAAGGAAUCAAGUUGAAGAACGUUUAGCAUUCUAUGAAACUGGUGCUAAUCCUACCAAGAAUGCUACCGCAAUGGAAGCUGUGUUACAAAAAAUGCGUGCUGCUGAAGAAGAAAUCGUCUUGAAAAAGAGUGAAUCAGGUGAAAAGAAGAAGAAAAGGAAAAGUGAAGCUGCUGUACCCGAAGGUGAUGCUGCGACUGACGGCACUUCAGAAGUGAAGCCUAAAAAGAAGAAACGCAAAAGUGAAGCUUUAAGUGAAGUUGCUGAAGCUGAUGACCAAGCUGGAGACGAAUCUGUUUCACUUUCUAAAGAAGAAAGAAAGCGAUUGAAAAAAUUAGAAAAAAGCAAGAAUGCUACUACUUCUGAAGUUCCAGAUAGUACUGAAGUUAAGAAAAUUAAAAAGAAAAAGAGUGGAACUGUUAAAUCUACUUGAAAACAAUUCUCUCCUUUUUUCUCUUUUAGUUAUCCUUCAAGUUUCUCUUUUUCUUUCUCUCUCUCUCCUAUUCUUUUACUGGUUAUUUUUGUUUUCUCGAGUGUGUUGUUGAUUAGUUUUUUUUCAUGAAUUUGAUAUGAAGUAGUCUAAACAAAUCAAAGGUGUCAAAUUAAUUGUUCAAAGAUUUCAGUUUGACUGUGAUUGUUUAUGCUGAAGUACAUUGUUAUGAAGGACAGCAAUGAAGAAGAAGAAAAAAUACAACUGGUGAUGGGUGAUUAAAUAUG